AUAAUAACUGCAAUUAGUCUUGUAAAAUGGCCGGUUCUCCUUGUAACCCUUGUUAUGACAAUUUCAUCCUCACCACUGAUUCUUACAAGAAUACUCAUUAUUUGCAGUAUCCCCCAGGAACUACUACCGUCUAUUCUUACUUUGAGAGUAGAGGAGGGAAGCAUCCUCAAACAGUGUUCUUUGGCCUCCAGUACAUAUUGAAGCGUUAUUUUCUUGGUAAAGUUGUGACACUUGAGAAGAUUGAGCAAGCUAAGGCAAUAUUUGAUGUCCAUGUUGGCCCUAACAUAUUCAAUUACGAAGGAUGGAAGUACAUACUAGAGAAAUACGAUGGACACUUGCCUCUUAGAAUAAAAGCUGUUCCCGAAGGAACUGUAAUGCCCACUAAGAAUGUUUUGUUUACUGUUGAAAACACUGACCCAAAGUGCUACUGGUUAACUAAUUUUGUGGAGGCGGUUUUAGUCCAAACUUGGUACCCAAUGACAGUCUGCAGCAGCUCAAGGGCUCAGAAAGAAGUCUUAGUUAAAUAUUUAGAUGAGACUGCCGACAAUUUGGACUCACUUCCUUUUAAACUUAACGACUUUGGGUUCAGAGGAAGUACAUCAGUUGAAUCUUCAUCAAUUGGUGGAGUUGCUCAUCUUGUUAACUUCCAGGGAACUGAUACACUAUCUGCUCUUGUAAUGGCAAGGGAAUACUAUGGCUGUGAGAUGGCGGGAUUUUCCAUACCAGCAGCUGAGCACAGCACAAUUACAUCAUGGACUAAAGAUGGUGAAGCUGAUGCCUUUAGAAACAUGCUAGCCAAAUUUCCAAAGGGAAUAGUGUCAUGUGUUUGUGACAGUUAUGAUUUAUGGAAUGCAUGUGAACACAUUUGGGGAGAAGAACUAAAAGAAUUAGUUGAGUUGAGAGGGAAUUCAGGUGCCGGUAUUGUUGUCCUAAGACCUGACUCCGGUGAUCCUCCAACCAUUCUGCUUCGAGUCCUUGAGAUUUUAGGCUCUAAGUUUGGAACAGUGACCAACAGCAAAGGAUAUAAACUCCUUCCUCCUUACCUGAGGGUGAUACAAGCUGACAGUGUGAGUUAUGACUCACUGAUUACCAUACUGGAGCACUUGAAGAAGAACAUGUGGAGUGCAGAUAAUCUUAUAUUUGGAAGUGGUGGUGGUCUGAUACAACGUGUGGAUAGGGAUACACAGAAGUGUGCAUACAAGUGCAGUUAUGCAGUGAUCAAUGGUAAAGGUGUCAAUGUGUACAAGUCCCCAAUCACCGACUUGGGAAAGAAGUCCAAAAGAGGCAGCCUGACACUGGAGAUGGAGAAUGAGCAGUUUCUUACAAAAGAGGAAGGAAAAGGUUCACCUGACAAGGAUCUCCUCGUUACUGUGUAUGAGAAUGGCCACUUGUUGAAGGACUACAGUUUGUCUGAGAUCAGAGAGAGAGCAGAGAUACCGCUAGUAAGAGAAAAAAAUUCUAAGAAAUGAGAACUAAAAAAUAAAAAUAAUACUUUUUAAUUUUUGUAUGCUCAUCUAGUUUAGUGCUAUCACUGCUGUGUUUUUUAAUUAUUUCAAAUAAAA